ACCACGUGUUUACCCUUCCAAAAUGAACCGAGCGAGUAACGCGAAAGAAGUGAUCCUGACGAGCGACACCACCGGGGAGAGUUGGAGCGCCGCAGUGUGGGAUCCCCGGAACGGUUCUCUGUUGUCGGUGUAUAAGAACGCGACGGCACUUGGACAUCGCAGCCUUCAGCUUUUGAGCGACAGCUACGUGUUGGGCGCGGACGCGACGAGACCUCGUAUACACAUCUGGCCGCUGAACAGCCCGUUACCGUUGCCCAACAUUCGAUUGACCACGCCGGGCAAAGUCAGCGCCUUGAUCUGCACGCCAAAUGGAUCCUACAUAAUUGCCUCCGUGGCCGAGAAGCUGUUCAUCUGGCAGACAUGCAACGGCAGGUUACUGGCGAAUCUCACCGGGCAUUAUCAGACCGUCAGCUGUCUCGCCACCACGAAAGACGGUUCGUUAUUCGCCAGCGCUGGCGAGGACGGUCUGGUGUUUGUAUGGUCGCUCUACAGUGCGCUGAACGACACGCGUUCUUCGCCCGUUCAUGCUUUCUCCAAUCAUAGUUUGCCAGUCAGGGAUCUGUACUUUGGUCACGGUGGUGCUCGUGCGAGAUUGUACACUGUCUCGCUAGAUCGUACCGCGAACGUCUAUGAGCUCGGCAGUGGAGAUCUUCUGCUUUCCUUGGUUUUCGACGCGCCGCUCACAGCGGUCACCGUCAACGUCCGCGAGAGCGAACUCUUCGUCGGCUGUAUCACCGGCGAGAUAUUCCAAUGCAACCUGCACGAACCGCCGCGCGGAGUCGAGCAUCACGUCACGGUGAGCUCGUGCGAAGAAAGCGCCGUGUUCCAGGCGCACAAGUCAAACGUGACCGCCCUGUCGGUAUCCAUUAACUGCUGUACUCUGCUGUCUGGAUCUACCGACGGCACGGUUCAUGUCUGGGACAUCGCCAGCCGGCAGGUACUCAGGACACUCCAACACAAGGGACCUGUCACCGCUGCGUUCUUCGCCAAAGGAUUCGACAAUUUUCGCGCCUCUGUUCUUAAGCCGCGCCUGCAGGUGCAUAAUCUACAGAGGACAUCGGACGACGGUGGCAGGGACAGCAUCGUCGAGGUCGUCUCCAGGGGACGAAAUUCGGCUGAGAUCCUGAACUUCGAAUCUUAUGUAGAAGACAGUAGCGAUUCUCGAGGAUUGGAUCAGACGACGAAGAAGUUGAACGAUCUACAGAAAGAGAUUAACAAAUUAAAGAAAAUUAAUGCCGCAUUAUAUCAAUACGGCGUUACUCAUAUCUUAAAAAAGUCAACGACUGAUAAAGAACAUUGA